AUGCGUAAAAAAGAUAUAUUCUCUCAGUUUAUAGAUGUAUUUUCAUAUGAAACUUUUAUUCUGCAUUACAAAGGUACAGUAUUGCUAAACGUACUUGUACAAGUCAUAGCAUUUUCAGCAUACUCGUUGUGGUAUGUUAUAUUCGCGGGACAUGGGUUUGCACCAGUAUUUAGUAAUUCACUUAUACCUAUAUUAACCAUCGUAACUGCUGGUAUGAUUGGUUUGAGAACUAAUAGUAGUUAUGAUAGAUUUUGGGAAGGAAGAAAAUUAUGGAGUGGUUUAGUGGCUAAUAUUAGGAAUGCUACUAGAAUACUUUGGUUUAGUGUAGCUAAAGAUGAUAAUGACGGUGAAGGAGAAGCAAAUGAUAAUGAAGAAAUAAAACAAGCAAUUCGAUUAUUUAUUGCGCUUGCUAUAGCUAUUAAACAUAGACUUCGUGAGGAAAACGGAGUGGGGUAUUUAGAUUUAAAAAAUUUAAUACCUUAUGCCUAUAGAAAAUUCGAAGAAAAACAUGAAUAUGUUUUAGAAGAACAUGAAUCACAAAAUUCUCAUUCUUCUGAAGCUGUUAUAAGCGAGAAAAGGAAUAUGAAUAUAAGCGAUAAUAUAAAAAAAUAUUACGAAACUCGUAAUAUACCUAUUGAUAUUACUCAUAUGAUAUAUAAUUAUAUAAACAUGUUUAAAAAACAGGAUAAAUUGGAUUCUAGCACUUUUAAUACUAUUAAUUCUUUAAUUCAUUCUAUGACCGAAAUAUACACUGGGUUUGAAAGAAUUUUUACCACACCAAUUCCUCUCGCUUAUUCUGUUCAUUUAAAACAAAUGAUAACAUUAUAUAUCUUGGCAUUACCACCGCAAUUAUAUGAGAAAUUAGGAUGGUAUACAGUUCCUAUAACUGCUAUAGCUACAUUCACAUUCUUCGGUGUUGAUGCUAUUGGCAGUGAGAUUGAGAAUCCUUUUGGUUAUGAUAUUAACGAUUUACCCGUUGAUGAUUAUUGUUCAAAUCUAAGAAAAGAAAUUGAAAGUUUAUUUGAAGAACGUCCUUUAGAUCCAUGUCAAUGGAAUAAGAAAACUGAAUAA